AUGCAGCCCGUCGCAUCCGUUCUUCUGUCCCUCGCCGCCCUCGCGGCCGCUGCUCCCUCCUCGGAGCGUCGCGCCGUCGCGGCUGACAACUCCAGUCCUUUCCAGGUUUACGCCUAUGGCACCGGAAUUGGAGGACUUGCCAUGUUCUCCUCUGGAGGCGAUGCUUACUUCGGCGACCACACCAAGUUGAACGACACCCAGGCCGCCCCUGUCAUCUUCACCCCCAAUGACAACAACACCUGGACCGGCGCUCCCAACACCACCGCCAUUGGCAACAGCACCACCCCUCCCACCUGGUCCAACCUGCCCUUCUCCAUCCCCAGCGAGACCUCUGGCUCCCACGACGUCGGUUUCUCCAACUCCAGCUCCACUGACCGCCAGACCUCCGGUUUCACCUUCUACGGCUCCUUCAUCUUCGUCGACAGCACCUCCGGUGGCGGCAUGGAGUCCCUGUGGUAUGCUACGCCCAGCAGCGUCGACGGCAUCUACAACCUCAAGUGGAACCAGACCGGCGACGACUCCGCCAACAAGAUCACCCUCACCCUCAAGAAGACCCCUCCCUCCAACGCCCAGAUCACCACCGCCGAGGCUGAGACUUCCGCCUAA